GGGGGCGGGGGGGCCGGCGGCCGCCAUCUUCUCGCCGAGACCGCCUCGCCCGCCGCGCGGGUCCGUCCGGCAGCUCACGGGUUAAGGCUGGCACCGCGCCCGGCGGGAGGGGGGCGCCCACCUCCCCUCCCCCCCCGCACUGGGCAUGCGGGGCCCGCUGGGCACCGAGGAGGAGCUGCCGCGGCUGUUCGCGGAGGAGAUGGAGAACGAGGAGGAGAUGUCAGAAGAAGAUGACGGUGGCCUUGAAGGCUUCGAGGAUUUCUUCCCUGCAGAGCCCGUGAGCCUUCCCAAGAAGAAGCCUAAGAAACUGAAAGAGAGCAAGUCCAAAGGCAAGAGGAAGAAGAAGGAGGGGAGCAAUGAUGAGCUGUCGGAAAAUGAGGAGGAUCUGGAAGAGAAGUCGGAGAGCGAAGGUAGCGAUUACUCCCCGACCAAGAAGAAGAAAAAGAAACUGAAGGAGAAGAAGGAGAAGAAAGCCAAGCGGAAAAAGAGGGAUGAGGACGAGGAUGACAAUGACGAUGGGGGCUUGAAGGAGCCCAAGUCCUCGGGGCAGCUUAUGGCGGAGUGGGGCCUUGACGAUGUCGACUACCUGUUCUCAGAGGAAGACUACCAUACGCUGACCAACUAUAAGGCCUUCAGCCAGUUCCUCCGGCCGCUCAUUGCCAAGAAGAACCCGAAGAUUCCCAUGUCCAAAAUGAUGACUGUCUUGGGGGCCAAGUGGCGAGAAUUCAGUGCCAACAACCCAUUUAAGGGCAGCUCAGCAGCAGCAGCUGCGGCGGCUGUGGCCGCAGCUGUGGAGACGGUGACCAUCGCUCCUCCACUGGCCAUCAGUCCCCAGCAGGUGCCCCAGCCUCUGCCCAUCCGCAAGGCCAAGACCAAAGAAGGCAAAGGGCCUGGAGUGAGGAAGAAGACCAAAGGCACCAAAGAUGCCAAGAAAAAGGGGCGGGGCAAGCGAGUGGCAGGGCUCAAGUUCCGCUUUGGCGGGAUCAGCAAGAGGAAGAAGGGGUCCUCGAGCGAAGAGGACGAACGUGAGGAGUCAGAUCUGGACAACGCCAGCAUCCACAGUUCUUCCGUGCGCUCCGAGUGCUCUGCAGCUCUGGGCAAGAAGAACAAGAGGAGGCGCAAGAAGAAGAGGAUGGAUGAUGGCGACGGCUAUGAGACAGACCACCAGGACUACUGUGAAGUGUGCCAGCAGGGCGGGGAGAUCAUUCUGUGUGACACUUGCCCGAGGGCCUACCACCUGGUCUGCCUGGACCCGGAGCUGGAGAAGGCUCCGGAGGGCAAGUGGAGCUGCCCACACUGUGAGAAGGAGGGGGUCCAGUGGGAGCCGAAGGACGACGAUGAGGAAGAGGAGGAGGGCGGCUGUGAGGAGGAAGAGGAUGAUCACAUGGAGUUCUGCCGCGUGUGCAAGGAUGGAGGCGAGCUCCUGUGUUGCGAUGCCUGCCCCUCCUCCUACCAUCUGCAUUGCCUCAACCCGCCGCUGCCCGAGAUCCCGAACGGUGAAUGGCUCUGCCCGCGCUGUACAUGUCCUCCACUGAAGGGCAAAGUUCAGCGGAUCCUACACUGGAGGUGGACUGAACCCCCAGCUCCCUUUAUGGUGGGGCUGCCAGGACCAGAGGUGGAGCCAGGCAUGCCCCCGCCCAAGCCUCUGGAGGGCAUUCCUGAGAGAGAAUUCUUUGUCAAGUGGGCUGGGCUCUCUUACUGGCACUGCUCCUGGGUGAAGGAGCUACAGCUGGAGCUGUACCACACCGUGAUGUAUCGCAACUACCAAAGAAAGAAUGAUAUGGACGAGCCACCCCCCUUCGAUUACGGCUCUGGUGAUGAGGACAGUAAGAGCGAGAAGCGGAAGAACAAGGACCCUCUCUAUGCCAAGAUGGAGGAGCGUUUCUACCGCUACGGCAUCAAGCCAGAGUGGAUGAUGGUCCACCGCAUCCUGAACCACAGCUUUGACAAGAAGGGGGACGUGCAUUACCUGAUCAAGUGGAAGGAUUUACCCUAUGACCAGUGCACCUGGGAGAUUGAUGACAUCGACAUCCCCUACUACGACAACCUGAAGCAGGCCUACUGGGGCCACAGGGAGUUGAUGCUGGGAGAGGAUGCCAGGCUUCCCAAGAGGCUGGUCAAGAAGGGCAAGAAGCUGAAGGACGAUAAACAAGAGAAGCCACCGGACACGCCCAUCGUGGAUCCCACAGUCAAGUUCGACAAGCAGCCAUGGUACAUCGACUCCACAGGAGGCACGCUGCACCCUUACCAGCUGGAGGGCCUCAACUGGUUACGUUUCUCCUGGGCCCAGGGCACCGACACUAUCCUGGCUGACGAGAUGGGUUUGGGCAAGACGGUGCAGACCAUUGUCUUUCUCUAUUCCCUGUACAAGGAGGGCCACUCCAAGGGGCCUUACCUUGUCAGCGCGCCCUUGUCCACCAUCAUCAACUGGGAACGUGAGUUUGAGAUGUGGGCGCCUGACUUUUACGUGGUCACCUACACGGGGGACAAGGAGAGCCGCUCUGUGAUCCGUGAGAACGAGUUUUCCUUCGAGGACAACGCCAUUCGGGGUGGGAAGAAAGUAUUCCGCAUGAAGAAGGAAGUGCAGAUCAAAUUCCACGUGCUGCUCACCUCCUAUGAGCUCAUCACCAUUGACCAAGCCAUCCUGGGCUCCAUCGAGUGGGCCUGUCUCGUGGUGGACGAGGCCCACCGGCUCAAGAACAACCAGUCCAAGUUCUUUAGGGUCUUGAAUAGCUACAAGAUCGACUACAAGCUGCUGCUGACAGGGACCCCCCUCCAGAACAACCUGGAAGAGCUAUUCCAUCUCCUCAACUUCCUGACUCCAGAGAGGUUCAACAAUCUGGAAGGCUUCCUGGAGGAGUUUGCUGACAUCUCCAAAGAAGACCAGAUCAAAAAACUGCACGACCUGCUGGGGCCGCACAUGCUCCGGAGGCUCAAGGCUGACGUGUUUAAGAACAUGCCGGCCAAGACAGAGCUGAUCGUCCGUGUGGAGCUGAGCCAGAUGCAGAAGAAGUACUACAAGUUCAUCCUCACACGGAACUUCGAAGCACUCAACUCCAAAGGGGGUGGCAACCAGGUGUCUCUGCUCAACAUCAUGAUGGACCUGAAGAAGUGCUGCAACCACCCAUACCUCUUCCCUGUGGCUGCCGUGGAGGCCCCCAUGUUGCCCAAUGGCUCCUACGAUGGCAGCUCCCUGGUCAAGUCUUCAGGGAAGCUCAUGCUGCUGCAGAAGAUGCUCAAGAAGCUGCGGGAUGAAGGACAUCGAGUGCUGAUCUUCUCCCAGAUGACCAAGAUGUUGGACCUCUUGGAGGACUUCCUGGAGUAUGAGGGCUACAAGUAUGAGCGGAUCGAUGGGGGCAUUACUGGGGGCCUCCGGCAAGAGGCCAUCGACAGAUUCAAUGCUCCUGGGGCCCAGCAGUUCUGCUUCCUGCUCUCGACCCGGGCCGGUGGCCUGGGCAUCAAUCUGGCCACAGCAGACACAGUCAUCAUCUACGACUCGGACUGGAACCCUCACAAUGACAUCCAGGCCUUCAGCCGCGCUCACCGCAUCGGGCAGAACAAGAAGGUGAUGAUCUACCGCUUCGUGACCCGCGCCUCUGUGGAGGAGCGCAUCACUCAGGUGGCCAAGCGCAAGAUGAUGCUCACACAUUUGGUGGUGCGGCCCGGCCUGGGCUCCAAGUCAGGCUCCAUGACCAAGCAGGAGCUGGAUGACAUCCUUAAGUUCGGCACAGAGGAGCUCUUCAAGGAUGAUGUGGAGGGCAUGAUGUCCCAGGGCCAGAGGCCUGCCACACCCAUCCCCGAUGUACAGUCCUCCAAGGGCGGAUCUCUGGCUGCCAGUGCGAAGAAAAAGCAUGGCAGCACCCCACCAGGUGACAACAAGGAUGUGGAAGACAGCAGCGUGAUCCACUAUGACGAUGCGGCCAUAUCCAAGCUGCUGGACCGGAACCAGGAUGCCACAGAUGACACGGAGCUACAAAACAUGAAUGAGUACCUGAGCUCCUUCAAGGUGGCGCAGUAUGUGGUCCGCGAGGAAGACGGCGUGGAGGAGGUGGAGCGGGAGGUGAUUAAGCAGGAGGAGAAUGUGGACCCUGACUACUGGGAGAAGCUGCUGCGUCACCACUAUGAGCAGCAGCAGGAGGACUUGGCCCGCAACCUGGGCAAGGGCAAGCGUAUCCGCAAACAAGUCAACUACAACGACGCCUCCCAGGAGGACCAGGGUGCGUGUGAGUGGCAAGACGAGCUUUCAGACAACCAGUCUGAGUAUUCCAUCGGCUCCGAGGAUGAGGACGAGGACUUUGAGGAGAGACCCGAAGGGCAGAGUGGACGACGACAAUCUAGGAGGCAGUUGAAGAGUGACAGGGACAAGCCCCUGCCGCCUCUUCUGGCUCGAGUUGGGGGCAACAUUGAGGUGCUGGGCUUCAAUGCCAGACAGAGGAAGGCUUUUCUGAAUGCCAUCAUGCGCUGGGGCAUGCCCCCCCAGGAUGCCUUCAACUCCCACUGGCUGGUGCGGGACCUCCGUGGGAAGAGUGAGAAGGAAUUUAGAGCCUAUGUGUCCCUCUUCAUGCGGCACCUGUGUGAGCCGGGGGCAGACGGUGCCGAGACCUUCGCAGAUGGUGUACCCCGGGAGGGCCUGUCCAGGCAGCACGUGCUCACGCGCAUUGGGGUCAUGUCGCUGGUUAGGAAGAAGGUUCAGGAGUUUGAGCACGUCAACGGGAAGUACAGCACCCCUGACCUGGUCCCUGAGGGACCAGAGGGCAAGAAGCCGUGUGAGGUGAUCUCCUCGGAUCCCAACACACCCGUGCCUGCCAGCCCUGCACAGCUCCCUCCAGCCCCACUGGGGCUGCCAGACAAAAUGGAAGCCCAGCUGGGCUACAUGGAUGAGAAGGAGUCGGGCGUGCAGAAGUCAAAGAAGCCCCAGGAAAUCCAGGCCCUGCCAACUGCCCUGGACAGAGUGGAGGCUGAGGACAAACAUCAGAGCUCAGACAGCAAGGACGGAGCUCGAGAGGAGAGGAUGGAGGAGGUGGGGAAGGCCCAGGGCUCUCCGGAGCAGCCACUGAAAGAGGAAGUGCUGCCAGACAAGGAGCCGAUCCCAGACAAGCUGGAGCCAAGCCCGAGUCACAGCAGCGAUUUCAGGCCGGAUGACUCCAAGGCUGAGGAGAAGGAGCCCACGGAAACACAGCAAAAUGGUGACAGAGAGGAAGACGAGGAGGGGAAGAAAGAAGACAAAAACGGGAAAUUCAAGUUCAUGUUCAACAUUGCAGAUGGCGGCUUCACAGAACUGCACACGCUGUGGCAGAAUGAGGAACGGGCCGCUGUGUCUUCGGGAAAAAUCUACGAAAUCUGGCACCGCCGUCACGACUACUGGCUGCUGGCGGGCAUCGUGACACAUGGCUAUGCCCGCUGGCAGGACAUUCAGAAUGACCCGCGGUACAUGAUCCUCAACGAGCCCUUUAAGUCUGAGAUCCACAAGGGCAACUACUUGGAAAUGAAGAACAAGUUUUUGGCCCGCAGGUUCAAGCUGCUGGAGCAGGCACUGGUGAUCGAGGAACAGCUCCGGAGGGCUGCGUACCUCAACAUGACCCAGGAUCCCAACCACCCAGCCAUGGCGCUCAAUGCUCGCCUGGCGGAGGUGGAGUGCCUUGCUGAGAGCCACCAGCACCUGUCCAAGGAGUCCCUUGCCGGGAACAAGCCUGCCAACGCUGUCCUGCACAAGGUCCUGAACCAGCUGGAGGAACUGCUGAGUGACAUGAAGGCGGAUGUGACUCGCCUGCCCUCCAUGUUGUCACGCAUUCCCCCGGUGGCUGCCCGUCUGCAGAUGUCCGAACGCAGCAUCCUGAGUCGCCUAACCAACCGUGCUGGUGACCCCACCAUCCAGCAGGGCGCUUUCGGCUCCUCUCAGAUGUACAACAGCAGCUUUGGGCCCAACUUCCGGGGCCCUGGACCGGGAGGGAUUGUCAACUACAACCAGAUGCCCCUGGGGCCCUAUGUGACUGACAUCUAGUCGUCCGCGUGACCUCCUCCCGCUGCAGCGCUCCUUUCCAGCUGAGCCGGGCCACCUGCCCAACCCCCACGGGAGAGAAAAGCUACAGCCCUUUUAGGAGUUGGUGCCGCGUUGGGACACAAAAGGGAAACGAAGCAAUUCUAUCACACAGAGGACAAGGCCCAGCCUGGCUGCACAAGAGCCCAGAAGUGCCGCCUCAUCAUAGCUGAAGUGUUCUUCCGCACUGCAUCCCACCCGUAGCCACGCCAGGCAAGGCCCUGGCACCUUUUCCAGAGUGACUGACUUAGAGGAAAUUCCAUUUACCUGUACUUUUUUUGCACUUUCCUACCGAAGAUGCGAACGUGUUUGUCUUGAUAAAAAGUUGGAUGUCGUGUGGAAGAUUCAGACUCACAACACUCCUGUCUGUCACCCGGCUCCAGACCUCAAGGGAAGUUCUCUGGAGGCCUUUGGUGCUGCUCUGUGGACUCACUCCAGCUGGGGAGAUGCAGCAUCCUGUGUUCUGGAAGCCCUUAGUAUGUCCCCUGCCCGUGUCUGCUCCUGUGUGACUGCCCUUCUGCGCUGGCCCCCUGCCUGCUCGGGACCCUAGUGUUGGAGGGGAUCAGGUCUGGAGAGUGCCUGCCUAGCCUGGUGAUGCCCAGGUCGGGGUUUUCUAUCUCCUUCCUGCCAGGGUUGGGGACCACCAGGCACAUUUCAUCUCCUGGCAGGGGUACCUAUCUCAAAGGCUCUGGAAUCUCUUGUUUCCAGUGGACAUGUGGAGGCCCCAGCAAUGUGUGGCAAGAGGAAGGGGUGCCUCACAAGGUGGGACAGACCUAGACCUGGGCCAGAGGCCCUACAGGGGCUUCUGGACAUUUGCUGUUUGCAGGAGUAUGGUGUAGGCAGGUAGGAGCUGGUGCCCCAGGAAAGAGGGUCAUGUUUGUUGGGUGGCUCUGGGAGACUUGUCCCACUCACCCUGGCACAGACUUCCCUGAGCCCAACAUCCUGGGCCACAGAUGUCAAGGAGCUGGACUUACCUCUGUUGUCUUGGUCCUAGAGAGGCCUUGACCAGGGCAACUGCUGCAUGAAGUAGGGGCCACAGUGGCCCUUGCUGGUUCUCAGAGGGUGUGGAGAGGGCUGUGCUUGGAGGUGGGACUGGACCCGAUGGCUUCUUUAGAUCCUUCCUAGCUGGAGCCUCCAAGGCUUCUGGCCUUAUUUCCUGCAGGGGUGCCUUGGAGUGCCAGGGCCAUCUUCCCAUGUCAGUGUGGGCAUGCCAACUUGUCUUGCUCCACCCUAGUCUGUGGCACCAUGUAAGGCUCCAUGCUGGGGUAGGGGUGGGGUGGACCUGCCAGGCUCUCGGCCUGUGUCUGACCUUCUCGCUGGCCCUGGCUCAACCUGGAGACUUCCAAGCCCUUGCCUUGGCGCACCCCAGGCAGGUGCCCUGGGGUUCAGUAAACCCUGAAGAUGAGGAAGGGGCUUCUGGGGAGAAGCCCAUUGAGUCUGAGGUCAGGGAGCUUGGAGGGGCUCAGACUCUCCUCCCUGGGAAAGGAGUGAGGGAUACGCAGGGUCCCUGGGCCCACCAAGACGGGGGCAGGUCUCCUUGGCUUGUCUUAAGGACACUUUGGCAGUUGCCCAGCCUUUACUUAGCCCAGAUGUGCACAUCUGUAACAUAGUUCCUCCUCUGAACCCCUGGAGGGCUGGACCCCCACGGCUUCUUCCAUUGUGACACUUUCACACUUCAGUCUUUUCAAAUCUCAAGGCCAGUGGACUGGCCAGACACUGUGGGUAGGCAGAGGGGGACUCUGGUCAUAGACUGAGCAUACCAUAGAGCUCCAGGAUGUGUAUCAUGGUGGCUGACCCCCACUCUCUAAGAAGGGCUGUCCCCUGCAUGGGAGUGGCUGCCAUAAGCUUGUUCCCCAACCCAGAGCCCCUGUGCUAAUCCCACUGGGCAAGACAGUCAGCCCUGCUGGCCUCAUUUGGAACUGUGCCCCAAGUGACAGACCCUGACACUCGGGUCUGGAGGUACAAGUGGGACAGAUCAGGGCCUGUGACUGGCUCUAUUUCAAGGGUUCACCCCUUCCCUGGUGACAUCUCCCAGGAGUCUUGCUCUGUCCCUCAGCUCUGCUUCUUCCUAGGUCAUACCCAUCCACCCUGGCCUUUUCCUCUGCACAGCCACCUUGACCUGAGCCCCCUACUGGCCUGGGAAGGUCUAUGUUCCCCGUGACCAGCACUUGGGUGGCUUUGGAGGGUAGUCUGCCCAGGCAGCUGGGGAGAGGGAAAAGGUCCUUCAGGGGUGCUCUUAUCUUGGUCCAUCAGCUGUCUCCUGCCAGAGAGUGACAGGGCAGAGGUGGCAUCUUGAGGCUGCUGAUAGGAUUGGGGUCCUCAUGCCCAAGCUGUCAGAGCUGCAGUGACGGAAUGUUUCCAGACACUUGGCUUCCCUUCACUCUGCUGGAUGUCUGUGGAAGGUGCGGGGUGGCUCUCAGGUGACAUGGAGAACUGGGGUCAGAGCUGCGACAUCUGAGGGCACCCCCUCACACGCUCCUGCUGUGAAGUGCCUCCUCUGCUCCCUGUAUCCCAGGGCCACCCUGUGAGCCAGGGCUCCCCUCCCCCGCCCUCUGGGUGCUCCCAAAUCCAUAUAGGUUGAUGGGCUCCGUGACACCUGCAACCAGUCUCCUAAGUCUUGAGAUCCUGCAGGGGGCAUGCUGAGGGUGGGCCAGAGGGCCGGACAUCUUUGUAGAGUGGGCAGGUAUUGAUGCUUGGAGCUUCUAGUGUGUGCCAAGGAAGGCGGUCGGGAGCCUAGACUGACCCUCCCUCUACCUUUCACUGUCUUGACCUGCCUACAAGGGUGGAUGGCCACCCCCAAGGCGCUCCUGCGCAGAGCACAGCAUGGAGGAGGAAGCCAACCUGCCCGAUUUAUAUACCAGGAAGUUUACAGGUUGUGGUGCGUCAGCCCAAAGUCGUCGGCGUCCUUCUGUUUAUGGAUAUUUUCCCUCUUAAUUUUCAGAUUUUUUUUUUAAACAAAGUAUUUUUUUAGGUGCGAUAACCCGGAAAGGGCCUGUUGGGUGUGUGUGUAUAUGUCCUGAACUCUCCACAUAGCCACAUAGGAACCAGAGCCCAGCUCAGAGGCAGCUCCUCCACUCGGCCUGGAGAGGAGGGAGGGCCCCCUGCUGCCUGCCAGGGUCAAACUAGACUCUCCACAGAGUCCUCUUCCUGCCCAGGCCAGGCUGGCAUCUGUCCCGCUGCUGCCCCAUUCAGCACACCCUGGUGAAGCAGGAGUAGGCACUUGGGGCUGGCUGGAGCGUCUCAGCAGGGGUCCCAGGGGCACAUAGCCAGCUCCUCCGAAGGCUGUCCUGGGGGAGGCUGGACGGGCUAGUCAAUUGUUACCUUCACUCGUACUCUGUGUGUAUGUUUUGGUUUCUGUGUUUUAAUAAACCCUUUGGGAAGGGA